AUGAGAGCCUAUGAUUUCCUCUACUUUUCUGAAUAUAAGAAUUUUACAAAAUAUUCAACAAUUCAUCCAGAUUUAUUAUAUUCAAAUAAUACAGAAGAAUAUCAAAAACAAUUAAAUUUAAAAUAUAUAAAUUUAACAGAAAUCGAAAUUUGGAGGAAAACUACAUCAAAAUAUCUUUUAAUUGAAAUACCUGCAGAUUGGGAAGGGAAAUGUGGAGGGUUUGCUAAUGAGAUGUGGAGAUUUGCAGUAAUUUAUGUUUGGGGUUUACAAUUAGGUCGUUAUCCUGGAAUUUAUAAUAAUAGUGCGUGGACUUGUGAUUCUUUAAAUUUACCAAAUGAAAUUGAAGAAACAUUUCCUGUUGUUCACAAAAUAUUUACUUAUAUUCAGCCAAAAGAAAUUGUAAAUAAUUCAAAAUAUGAAAUAUAUUACAAUAAAUUAGUUAAAUCAAAAGAAAAGUAUUUAAGAACUCCCCCACCUCCACAAAUACAUAAAUUAUUUAAAAAUCUAACGAAUCAAAUUAAAGAAUUAUUUUUAUUUUCAAAUAAAGUUAGAACAAUUGUUGACAAAUAUAUUAAUGAAAUAUUUAGGUAUUUUACUUUAAAUUAA